AUGUCUGACACUGCUGGAAGCACCACCCUCGACGCCCCCCGCACCAUCGGCGGCCGUCGUGACAAGUACUUCCAGGAUGAGAUCUCCAAGCAGGGUGGCCCCAGUGUCGCCAAUGGUGGCCUCAUCAUGCCAGGUUUGGUCCAGGAAGAGGGUGACAAGGCUGCCCUGAAGAUCAAGGUUCACCUGAACCUCCACGCCAAGGUUCGCCUCGACCUUGAUGCGAAGAUCUACGGUGAUGUUGUCAUUGGUCUGCUUUAA